AUGAGUGUUGUUAUGCUUCCAUGGUUAGCUCACGGCCACAUCUCUCCCUUCUUCGAGCUAGCCAAGAAGCUCAGCGAUAGAAAUUUUCAUAUCUUUUUUUGUUCGACGCCUGUAAUUCUCAACUCCGUCAAGCCAAAACUUCCUGAAAGAUACAGUCAUUGCAUUGAAUUUGUUGAACUACAUCUUCCACACGAUGUAUUUCCAGAACUGGCACCUCACUACCACACCACCAAUGGCCUCCCACCCCACCUCAUGCCCACCCUAAAAAAGGCUUUGCAAAUGGCAAGCCCUUACUUUUCCAACAUCCUAAAAACCCUAAACCCUGAUUUUCUCAUAUAUGAUUUUGUUGUCCCAUGGGCACUGUCUCUUGGUUUGGAUCAAAAUAUUCCCACCAUCCAAUUUUUCAUCUUCAGCGCUGUUUCGGUAUCAUUUCUUUUCCAUCGUCUUUUCAAGGGCCCUAGUGUCCGGUUUCCGUUUCCCGCAAUCUAUCUUCGUGAUUACGAGAUUAGUAAGUUCAAUAGUAUGAUGCCGCCAGCUUCAUCAAAUGACAAUAGAAAGGAUGACGGAGUCCCUCCACUGCAAUUCCUUAUUACCAUUGGUCACUCUUGUGACCUCAUUUUGUUAAAGACAUUCAGGGAGAUUGAAGGAAAAUAUGUUGAUUACCUCUAUGAGUUAAUGGACAGCAAGGUUGUGCGUCUUGGUCCACUACUCCACGACCCUACUAAGGAUCAAGAAGACAAAGAUGAAGAAACAGAUCACGUCAUCAAAUGGCUGAACCAACGGGAAACAUCUUCGGUUGUGUAUAUUUCCUUUGGGAGUGAGUACUUUUUAUCCAAGGAGGAAAUAGAAGAGAUAGCUCAUGGUUUAGAUCUUAGCAAAGUGAGUUUCAUUUGGGUUGUUAGGUUUCCUAAGGAAGAGAAAGUUACUAGGGCUAAAGAGGUAUUGCCAAAAGGUUUUGUAGAGAGGGUGGGAGAGAGGGGAAUGAUAGUGGAGGGUUGGGCACCACAGACAAAGAUAUUGCAGAAUUCUAGCGUCGGUGGAUUUCUGAGCCAUUGUGGAUGGAGCUCUGUGCUGGAGAGCAUGAAGUUUGGUGUUCCAAUUAUAGCCAUGCCUAUGGAUCUUGACCAGCCAUAUAACGCCAGACUAGUAGAGGAGUUGGGUGUUGGUGUGGAGGUCAAGAAAACAGGAAGAGGAGGAGGUUUGCAACGAGAAGAGGUAGCAAAGGUGAUCAAAGAUGUGAUGGAAAACAAUACUGGGUAG